AUUUUCUUUUUAAAAUAUAGCGAUUAAUUUUAAUGCGUAUUUAAAUAUGUUAAACUUCAUUUCACAAUUAACUAAUUAAAUAUUUAUAUUGUUUUAUUUUGAAAUAUACAACCGGAUGUUCGGUAUGUGAUUCUCGUUGACUCGUGCUUUUCCGUAAGCGUUCGGUAUCAGCGUGGGCCAAUUACACCCUGCAACUCCGCCCAUUCCCGGCUCACUAUGUGACUCCCAGGCCCAAAACCGGACAAAAACAACGUCAGACGAGGACCACCACCGCCAACAGAGUCGUAUUCAUCAUGUGGAUGAAAAUCAUUCUGACGCUGCUCAGUGUUGAAGUCGUAGCAGCAGCUCAGUGCUGGCAGGGGGCGACCUUCUCCGAGGCAGUGGUUUCCCCGACAAUGGGAAGCAGCGGAAUACUGCGUGUUCCUGGUGUGUCAACACUGCCGCAGUGCGUGGCGGCGUGCUGCGACCUGCCAGGCUACGAUCUGGCCUGGCUGUUUGAGGGCCAUUGCUUUAUUCUGAGCUGCCAGCCGGUGGAGAACUGCCAGCCCCAAGAGAGACCAGGAGCAGAUUCCUUUUUAGCAUUCCUGCAUAGGGGGUCACCGCAAAAGUUUUUGCUACAAUCUCUGGUUCGCGGGGAGCCGUAUGGCAGCCACUGGAGGUCACGGUCACGCUCGUCGGAGGAUCCUGAGGAUCUAGAGGAUCUAAAAAACCUGGGUCUCUUUGACGAGCCUCAGCAGGACCUCUCUAACCCGGGGAACAUAGAUUAUACAGGAGAAAGCCAGGAAAACCUCCCGUCGGAAAGAAAAGUAAACACUGAUCAACUCUCUGUAAAAGAGAGAGACCACUUCAACCGUUCAAACACAGAGGAAGAUCCGGAGCAGGACAUGGAACAGACUAGAACUGUGUCAGUGUUCAACAGCACGGCGUCGACUUGGAAAGACAAGGACGGAACCUCGUCUUCAUCUGAUCUCAAGUCCACUGGUAAAUCACAGACAACCACCGAGUCCCACCGCCAGGACGAUCAAGGGACUUGGACUACUACAGCAGUGACCAUGGCUUCUUCAUUAAGUAGCCAUCACAGCAGCAGCAGCAGCAGCAGCAGCACACAGCUACCCACAAGUGAAGGGCCGUCCGUCAUCUCACCAGAAGAAACUGCAUUAAAAAUGAAAGCUGGAGUCACAACUGAUAUGAUGACGCCUCUCCUGACGGCAACUACAGCCACACAAACCAUCACCUCUAAUCCCAACACUGUCACGGCCGCCCCCACCUCCACCCCUUUAACUACAGCCCCGCCCACUGCUGCUGCUGCUGCUGCUGCUGCUGCUGCUGCUGCUGCCGCCUUGCCAUUGGGUGGAGCUUCGAGCCAUGGUCCAGUGGCAAUUGUAGGUCCGGACAGGAAGUUGGUUCUUCCUCUGACCAGUUUACUGCUCAACGGCACAGAAAGCACAUCUGUCCAAGGCAUCAUUAGCUACCACUGGGACACCAUCAGUGGGCCUCCAGGGUUGAAGAUGGAGGGAGCAGACCAGGCUGUAGCUAAAGCCACUGGUCUGAAAGUUGGACGUUACACCUUUAGAUUGACCGUCUCUGACCAGCAGGGGGCGAAAGACAACGCCUCACUGACCGUCAGGGUUCAGGAAGCGGUUACCCCUCGCCCUGUUGCUCAUGCUAGCGGCAGCCACACGCUAACACUUCCAGACAACGCCAUCAUUCUGAGAGGAUCCGUCACUGACGGAGACCAGAGCAAAGUCCAGUUUCUGUGGGUCAGAGACAGCCAGAGUCCUGCUGCCGGGGACGUUCUGUACGGCUCCGAGACUCAGGCUUCCCUGUACCUGUGUAAUCUGGUGGAGGGAACGUACCUGUUCCACCUCAGAGUGACAGACGCUCAGGGUCGCUCCAGCUUCUCUACCGCUACGGUGGAGGUCCGCCCUGAACCUGGCGAAGACCAGCAGGUGGAGCUGGAGUUGAUGGUCGCCGUGUCUCAGGUCAGUUUGUCUCAGAAGGAAACGGUCAUCAGACAGUUGGCCGCGCUGCUGCACGUCGUGGACACCGACAUCCACGUCAGAGCUUUGGAGGGACACGCCCAUCUGAGUACGGUGCUGCGGUUCGUGGUGACUGACUCCUCCCAGACUUCCCUCUCUGCCUCAGCUCUAGUUCAUCUCCUGAGGAAACAGCUUCUCACUGACAAGAAUGACUUCCUGCUCUUCAGAGUUCUGAGAGUGGACACAGUCUCAUGAUUAAUUUGCUGUUCUGGUCAGGGUCAGUGUGAUCCGGUUACUAAGACCUGCAGUUGCGACCCCUUUUGGACGGAGAAUUUGGUUCGCCGAUACCUGGGUGAUGGAGAGAGCAACUGUGAGUGGAGAGUUCUGUACGUCAUCCUGAGCAGCUUCCUGAUGAUGGUGCUCAUCCUGUCCAUCAGCUGGACCUUUAUCUGCUGCAGGAGGAGACAGAGCAAAGUGAGGAAGAAAACCAAAUACACUAUCCUUGACAACAUGGAUGAGCAGGAGAGAGUGGAGCUCCGCCCCAAAUUCAGCAUCAAACACCGGAGCACGGAGCACAACUCCAGCCUGAUGAUGUCAGAGUCGGAGCUGGACAGUGACCAGGACACCAUUUUCAGCCGGGACCGACCAGUCCGCAGUAGGAACCGGAUCGGUGCUCAGGCUAAUCGCAACGGAAAUGCCUUCGGAUGAGGAGGCGGGGGGGUCGUUCGCAUCCUAGUGACUAAGACUCAGGAUCUUUCCGGAAUAUUUGCACAACUGCAGGACGAGAUGAGGCUUCCUGAAAAUCUGGAGGAUCAACAUCUCUGCCAUCUUUGUCUGUCUGACCACAGUGAUGAUGUCAUGAAGGGAACAAAGGUCAGAUGAACACAAGAGACCAAAACAUUCUUUGUAUCUUUCACAAAAGAGAAGGUCCUGGACGGGAUUAACGAUGAGGUAGAAAAGUCACAUUUUCUGAUUGAUAUUUAUUUAUAUUUUAUCCUGAUCUAAUUUAUUCUUUUCUCACGAGUCCGAUUAAACCAUCCUGUCGUCUUGUUUACAAGUUUAGCUGUUGAAAAAAAUUGUAAAAAAAAGAUUAAAUGGAACGUGGUUUUAAACCAGCAUUAAGAUAAGUUUGAUUUAGUUUAGUCAUUUUCAGUAUUUAAGUAUUUCUGAGCUAAAUUCAGUUAUCGUGGCCUUUGUAGAGUGCAUUGUGACUUUGACUAAUUUCUGGCCUAACAUUGGAUUAAGUCUUAAUUACUUUUUCAUUUGCUUCCUUUAAGUUCCUUGUAGAGCCUUUAGUACAACUUUUUUUUACCAUCACAUUACAGAGUUUGCUAUCAAGAAUAUUUUAAAAAAAUGGUUUAUUUCAACAAAGACACACGGCACCAUCUGUGCUGACAUUUGUUUUUAUUACAACAUGUAAUUGCGACAUUUUAAAUUUACAAUUAAUUUCAAACAUGACAAAACCACCAUUAGUCUCUGCUACAAAAUAUUUGACAACAAAGAGAAAAUACAAAUGUUAACACUGGAGCAGGUUCAGCACAAGAACAAAAGGCAUGUUUUUCUACUCUACUUCCUGGCAAAAAACACCCUGAAGAAAGAAAAAUAUUAUUUUAUUUUCUUAUCUGUGAUUUAAGUCCUACAUAUAGCAUUCGUACCAAAUCAAGUAUCCAGAUUACAAUUGUAAUCUGGAUACUUCCCCCGAGGAAAAUCUUGCGAGGCGCUCGUAUCUCGAGGUACCACUGUAUUAUGACGAUUAUGAUAUAACUCUGAUAUCAAACCGCCAUGCAGUGCAGCUCAUU